GAGCCGGUAGGGGGCGUGGCGACACGUCACACGUAGUGACGUCAGUUUAACCGAAAGUGAAAGAGUUUCUCUCUCAGACUCGACUCCAUUUUGUCGCUGUUGGAAAAGCAGAAAAACUUCAACAGCAGGCGGAAACGGUGAUAUUAAUGUUACACAACAUGGACUGCUGAAUAAAAGAGUGUAAGUAAUUCCAGCAGAAGCGAUCAGCAUCUUCAGGACUCAGCUGUGUGUCCACGAGCUGUCUGUGUAUACACUAAUAUUCAAACAUGGAGACCCCUGACCUGGACACAGAUAAUGUGACCCCACCCUCAAAAAACCAUAAACUACAGAGAAAGAGAUCAGACUCACCAGAUCCCAGCUGUGUCUCCAUGAAGAGUGAUGGGUCUAUGGAUUUUCCUCUGAACUUUAGAAAUAGAGACUCCUCAUCUCUACACAGUAAACUACAGAGAAAGAGAUCGGACUCACCAGAUCCCAGCUGUGUCUCCAUGAAGAGUGAUGGGUCUAUGGAUUUUCCUCUGAACUUUAGAACUAGAGACUCCUCAUCUGCACACAGUGUUCUACAGAAGUCAGGAGACAGAAGAGAAAAGAACAUCACAGCUACAGGACACGACCCAGAACCUGCUGCUGUAAAUGACUUCCAGAAAAAGUUCAAAUUAAAUCUGAUGAAGAAAUUUCAGUGUUUAAAUGGAGUGAUGAUAAACCCGGAAAACCGAACACUCCUGAAUGAGAUCUACACAGAGCUCUACAUCACAGAGGGAAACAGUGGAGACAUCAAUAAAGGACAUGAGGUGAGACAGAUCGAGGCAGCAUCCAGGAGAACAACAACAGAGGAAACACCAAUCAAAUGCAAUGACAUCUUUAAGCCGUUAUCUGAUCAAGACAAACCCAUCAGAACUGUGCUGACAAAGGGAGUCGCUGGCAUCGGAAAAACAGUGUCUGUGCAGAAGUUCAUUCUGGACUGGGCUGAAGGGAAAGCAAAUCAGGAUGUCCACCUCAUUUUUCCACUUCCUUUCAGAGAGCUGAAUUUGAUGAAGGACCAGAAACUGAGUCUGAUGGAUCUCCUUCAUGUCUGUUUUAAGGAGACAAAAGAAACAGAAAUGUCCAGUUUGGAAAAGGUUCUGUUCAUUUUUGAUGGAUUGGACGAGUAUAGUUUUCCUCUGGAUUUCCAGAACACAGAGAGAGUGUGUGAUGUAACUGAAUCAGCAUCAGUGCAUGUGCUGCUGAUAAACCUGAUCAAAGGGAAUCUGCUUCCCUCUGCUCUCAUCUGGAUCACCUCCCGACCAGCAGCAGCUGAUCAAAUCCCCUCUGAGUGUGUCCAUCGAGUCACAGAGGUACGAGGGUUCAAUGACCCACAAAAGGAGGAUUACUUCAGGAAGAGGAUCAGUGAUCAGAGCCUGGCCAAUAACAUCAUCACACACCUGAAGUCAUUAAGAAGCCUCUACAUCAUGUGCCACAUCCCAGUCUUCUGCUGGAUUUCAGCCACUGUUCUAGAGAGAAUGUUGGAUGAAGUAGAGAAUGGAGAGAUCCCCAAGACUCUGACUCAAAUGUACACACAUUUCCUCAUCAUUGAGACAAACAUCAUAAGAGAAAAGUACUCAAAGAAGCAGGAGAGUGGUGAAGAAAUGCUUCUCAAACUGGGACAAAUGGCUUUUCAGCAGCUGAAGAAAGGCAACCUGAUCUUCUAUGAGGAAGACCUGAGAGGGUGUGGCAUUGAUGUGAGAGAAGCAGCAGUGUACUCAGGUGUGUGUACGCAGAUCUUCAGAGAAGAGUUUGGACUUCACCAGAGUAAAGUGUACUGCUUUGUUCAUCUGAGCAUUCAGGAGCAUCUCGCAGCUCUGUAUGUGCACCUGACAUUCAUGAUGGAAAAGAGAAAUGUUCUUAAACAGAGUGGGUUUUCUGAACCAGAGAUUUUAUCUGAGGAAGAGGAUGGAUCUGAGAUGUCCUCUGACCAGUUGACUGAAGAAAUUACAAUCUCAGCUGUCCACAAGAGUGCUGUACAUCAGGCCAUAAAGAGUCAGACUGGACAUCUGGAUCUUUUCCUCCGCUUUCUUCUGGGUCUCUCACUGGAGUCCAAUCAGAAACUCUUACAUACCUUAGUAUCACAUACAGGAAGUAGCUCCCAGAUAGGACAGUGGAGCACAGUACGGUACAUUAAGAUGAAGAUCAAUGAAGAUCUUCCUACAGAAAAAUCCAUCAAUCUGUUCCACUGUCUGAAUGAACUGGGGGACAAUUCUCUAGUGGAGGAAAUCCAACGCUACCUGAAAUCUGGAAAACAAAGUGAACUCUCUUCUUCACAGUGGUCUGCUCUGGUGUUUGUCUUACUGACAUCAGCAGAGGAACUGGAGGAAUUUGACCUGAGUAAAUACAUCUCUACAGAUAAAAUAAGAGAUGGGAUUCUUGUGAAGGUGAUGCCUGUGAUUGCAGCAUCCAGAAAAGCAAUCAUCAGGUGUGAUACAAUUCAACAAAGUGGUUGGUCAGCUCUGGCCUCAGUGCUCAGCUCAGAAACCUCCAAUCUGAGAGAACUGCAUCUGACUGUGGAUACACUGGAUCUGACUGAAAGUUAUCUAGGAGACUCAGGAGUGAAGCGUCUCUCUGCUGUACUGGAGAAUCCUCAGUGUAAAGUAAAAAAUCUGAAGUUGUGGUGUUGUGGUGUCUCAGGUGAAGGCUGUGCUGCUCUGGCUUCAGCUCUGAGAUCAAACCUCUCACACCUGAGAGAACUGGAUCUGUCUAGGAAUAAUCUAGGAAACUCAGGAGUGAAGUGUCUCUCUGCUGUACUGGAGAAUCCUCUCUGUAAACUGGAGAUACUGAAGUUGCAGUGUUGUGAUAUCUCAGGUGAAGGCUGUGCUGCUCUGGCUUCAGCUCUGAGAUCAAACCCCUCACACCUGAGAGAACUGGAGCUGUCUGGGAAUAAUCUAGGAGACUCAGGAGGGAAGAGUCUCUCUGCUGUACUGGAGAAUCCUCUCUGUAAACUGGAGAUACUGAAGUUGCAGUGUUGUGGUGUCUCAGAUGAAGGCUGUGCUGCUCUGGCUUCAGCUCUGAGAUCAAACCCCUCACACCUGAGAGAACUAGAUCUGUCUGAUAAUAAACUAGGAGACUCAGGAGUGAAGUGUCUCUCUGCUGGACUGGAGAAUCCUCACUGUAAACUGGAGAUACUGAAGAUGUCCAAUUGUGAUAUCUCAGGUGAAGGCUGUGCUGCUCUGGCUUCAGCUCUGAGAUCAAACCCCUCACACUUGAGAGAACUGGAUCUGUCUGAUAAUAAACUAGGAGAUUCAGGAGUGAAGUGUCUCUCUGCUGGACUGGAGAAUCCUCACUGUAAACUGGAGAUACUGGGGUUGUGUGAUUGUGAUAUCUCAGAUGAAGGCUGUACUGCUCUGGCUUCAGAUCUGAGAUCAAACCCCUCACACCUGAGAGAACUGGAUCUGUCUUAUAAUAAACUAGGAGACUCAGGAGUGAAGUGUCUCUCUGCUGUACUGGAGAAUCCUCACUGUAAACUGGAGAUACUGAAGUUGUGUGAUUGUGAUAUCUCAGAUGAAGGCUGUACUGCUCUGGCUUCAGCUCUGAGAUCAAACCCCUCACACCUGAGAGAACUGGAGCUGUCUGAGAAUAAUCUAGGAGACUCAGCAGUGAAGUGUCUCUCUGCUGGACUGGAGAAUCCUCACUGUAAACUGGAGAUACUGAGGUUGCAGUAUUGUGAUAUCUCAGAUGAAGGCUGUGCUGCUCUGGCUUCAGCUCUGAGAUCAAACCCCUCACACCUGAGAGAACUGAAUCUGUCUGUGAAUGAAAUAAGUUCCUCAGGAGUAAAGUGUCUCUCUGCUCUGAAGAAUGAUGAACAUUACAAACUACAGACACUGAUAUUUUAAUAGACUACACACAUCUCUGCACUGAGUAGAACGACCUGUGAUCCCUGGACAAAAUUUCCUCAAUCCCAAUGAAAACCUGAGGGAUUAUUUGGAUCAAUAGGUGAAAAACCACACGGACUCCACCUGGACCCAGUCAGUGGAAGACGGAUCUGAAAUGGACAGGAACAGUUUCAUGGCAUUGGUGGGAUUCUCACCUGACAGGAUUAGCAUCUGAGGAGUUUAUGUGAAGAAGCCCCUGGGAGACUCACUACAAGUUACAUUUAUCACUCUGUCCUUUAGUUGGUAUUUAAUAUAGUGUAGAUUUUUUGGUUCCAGGAUCAGAUCUAAUCUGUUCUUUAUUUUCUCUGAUAUCUGAUCCCCAUUUCUGUGCUAGUAUCAGCUGAUCAUACCCGGUAUGGGAUCAGUGCCUUCUCUAUUACUUAAGUAUACACUACUUGCAAUACUUUGCGUAAUUGUGUCAGUCAAAUACAGUACAUUUUGAAGAAGUGAAUAUGUUGUAUCUUUGUAUUAGACUACAACUUGAGAAGAAUACAGUAGACACUCAGAGGUAAAGUUAACUCGUGUAUUAACCAGAGCAAGAGAGAGAAACAUAUCAAUGCGCAUGGCUAAUUACCAAUCAGAAAUCAAUGCUAAAGGGAGUGAUUCCACUUAAAGAAAUAGAUCCACUCUAAACACUACAGUCUUUAGUUCUGCUGGAACAACCCCAGAUGGUAAAUGAUGGAAAGUGGGGAACGGACACAGAGUUUAUGUUGAACUUCAACUUAUAAACCACAAUAAUGCCUCCACCUCUGCCAGAUAACCUCGGGAGAGCUAAUACUCCAAAUCCCUCUGGAGUGAUCUGGUUAAACAGAAUCAUUUUCUUUAUGCCAGGUUUCAGUUACGAACAACAAGUCCAGCUUUUUAUCUGUAAGAAAAUCCGAUAAAAGCAGCGCCUUGUUAUUCACGGACUGCGCAUUGAAUAAAAUUUUUACGUAGCCACAUACAAAGAAAUGCUGUGAAGCAAAGAUGCCUUCAAAAAUAAUAAAAUUACAUGUUUCUACAUUAAAAAAAAAAACUAUAAAGAGCAGUAAAUAGUAAUAAAUUAAACAAAGUCAGUAUUUGGUGUGACGACCCUUUGCCUUGGGGGAAAAAAAAAGUAUUCUCAGGAACACUUGUUUAGUUUUAUAAUGAAAUUUGCUGAUAAGUUUUACUGAGCAUCUUGGAGAAUCCGCUGCAGUUCCUCUGACUGUCGCACUCAUGCCUUUUUUUUUUCUUUUUCUCUAAUGUAGAAUUCAUAAAAUCUAUAACAAAAUACAGUUUAUACAUAUAUGCAUAUAUACACUGUACAGCGCUGUGCAAAGGUCAUCAAUAAUUAUUUAGCGGUGAAAAUGAUUAUAAAUGUACAGUACAUUAAGUCCAUUUUCAGUCAAACAGCCACACAUGCAGGUCAAUAUUAAACAUAAAAUAUUUAUGAUUUCAUACUCUCUUAACUGUUCAGUAGUCUGUGGUUUAUAAUCAGUAACAAUAAUGAUGGAAAAUUAUAUUCGACAGAAAGUCACACAGGUCUUCAACAUUAAGAACAGGAUGAAUUUAUUCCAACAGGAAGAUCUUGUUUUAAUGCCCCAUACUGACACAUGAUGAUGAUGAUGAUGAUGAAGAAUGAUUUGCUGUGAUGUAAUUAACAGUGUAUAUAACACCCCCUGUUAUAACACUGGUGUUACAAAACUUCUGAACAAGUCUGAUUUAAUUUUUAAAUCAGUCAAAAAGAUGUCAACAAGAUGUCAUGUGUGUGUGUCUGUGUCUUUUAAAAGUUGGGUAUUCUGGGUAUAAACAGAUUCAGAAAACACAUGAAUACUUAAUGUCAUAUAUAAUAUGCAAAUACAUAUUAAAUGUAAAUAAAAAUAAAUAUGAUAAGAAUGCA